AUGACUUCUGGUAAAGUUACUCCAGCUAAUUCCACAACAAAGGGAUACUUUGAUGAAACUGUUGGUGAAGUUGUUGAACUUUCAAAUCUUACAGAUGGGGAUUUGAUUCUUACGUUAGCUAAUGCCCAAGAAAGAGUUAGUUAUACUGAGCAAGAAGAAAAAGUGCUGGUUAGAAAGCUUGAUUUAUACGUCACUAUAUUAAUUUGCUUUGUCUAUGGAACCCAAUUUAUGGACAAGGUCACCAUUAGUUUCACAGGUAUUAUGGGCUUAAGAAAUGACCUACAUUUGAAAGGUCAAGAGUUCUCUUGGUUAACUACUGGGUUCUAUUUGGGUUGGUUAUUCUUUGAAUUUCCUUGUGUUCGAAUGUUGCAAAGAUUCCCCUUAAUGAAAACUUUAUCUGCGUUUGUUUUCGUUUGGGGCUCAGUCCAGAUCUUAAAUGCUGCUUCUUUCAAUUUUGGAAGUAUGUUAGCUGCUAGGUUCUUUCUUGGUGCAAUGGAGGCUUCUAUUUCUCCGGCAAUGGUGAUGAUAACUGCACAAUAUUUCAAAAAGGAUGAGCAAUUUCAAAGAAACACUUUCUGGUGGUCAAGUAAUGGUGCAGGUAAUAUUGUUGGUGCUGCACUUGCAUUUGGUUUGGUUAAACAUAAAAAUUCGAUGGCAUUAGAAGCUUGGAAAGUUUUGUUUUUAGCAACUGGUUGUUUUACUUUGGCAUUAUCAUUUAUUUUAUUCUUUCAUUUACCAGAUACACCAGCGACUGCUUGGUUUUUGACUGAACGUGAACGUCAAAUUGCAGUGGAAAGAAUUCGUGUUAAUCAACAAGGUUUUGGUAAUAAGAAAUUCAAGAAAUAUCAACUUAUUGAAGCAUUCAAAGAUGUUCGAACAUAUUUAUAUUUUGCUCAUGGUGUUCUCUCAACUGUUCCAAACGGUUCAUUAACCUCAUUCGGAAGUAUUUUGAUCAAAGAGUCAUUUGGCUUUUCAGAAUCAAAAUCAUUGUUAUUAUCAAUGCCGAACGGUGCUUGUCAAUUUGGUUCCUCCUUCUUCCUCUUUUUUGCUAUUAAAUUCUUUGGACAUAGAACUUUGGUGGGUAUAGCUGGUUACUCGGUUGCCUUCGCAGCUUGUUGCCUUUUAGCUUUCCCUGAGAACAAAACAGCCCAAUUGAUUGGUUAUUUUUUCUCUGCUGUUAUUCAUAUUGGUUGGGUCACUGUGAUUAGUAUGAUUACAACAAACACUUUAGGUUAUACCAAAAAGGGUGUUGUUAUGAGUAUUUAUCUUGUCUCAUACUGUAUUGGGAAUAUGAUUGGUCCUCAAACUUUCAAACCAAAAUUUGCACCAGAUUAUAAAGAAAGCAAAGUCAUUAUGGCCGCUUGUUCUGCGGCUUCUUUAUGUUUGAUGGUACUUUUAUAUUUUGUCAACGUCAUUGAGAACAAAAAGAGAGAUAGGGACUCUGAAAGAUUAGGGGAUGCGUAUUUCAACCCUCCAGAAAACUAUGAGUUCAUGGAUUUGACUGAUUUUGAAAAUAAAAACUUUAGAUAUGUUAUAUGA